UGUUGAGGUGUGUGGAAGAGAUAGGCCAAAGAUGGCGACUAGAGGUCUGCUACUCCCUGCUAAGUAGAGAGUGGAGCAGGAAAUGUGGCCGUCAGACUCAUGAACAGAACUGCUUCCAGGUCAGCCGAUGCGCGCAAGGUCAUGGCAUACACAAAGAACCACUGAGUGCUGAGGGUGCCCGGCACAUGUGUGGCUGGGGCCUGCGGUCGCUCCCAUGCGCCUGGGAGGCUGAAUGCGAGGAGCCUGAUGAGAGCCUGUCUUACCAGUGGCCUGGAGAGCGCCCCACUGCCACCCUGGCCCUGAGACCGAGUGACUGCCUGCAGCUGCGUGCCAUCACUGCCCAGCAUGGACAGGGGCAGCCUCCUGCCCUUCCAGCUCUGGUGCCCCCGGCCCUUCAGCAAGUAUUCCCAGAACCAGCCACACCCACCUUCCGCAGCCCUUAAGUCGCCAAUCUGCCCUGACACCAGCGGCGGCACGGAGCCCGACCACAGGCCUGCGCACUUGGAGAGCGCACCACCCGCCUUGGCUGCAGAAGCCCCUGCCUCCCAGCAUGCUCCACUCCUCUCUACAGCAGCUUCCGGGGAUGAGGGGCGAGUCCUGCUGGACACGUGGUAUGUUAUCAAGCCUGGAAAUACAAAAGAGAAGGUGGCCUUCUUUGUGGCCCACCAGUGUGGCGGAGGUAGCCGGGCUAGCUCUAUGAAGGUCAAAGGGCACUGGGGCAGUGACAGCUCCAAAGCUAAGAGGAGGCGGCGCUGCCUUGAGCCCACUAAGGCUCCUCCAGACCAAGGGGGCCGAGAAGGAACCCCUGCCACUGAGGGGGCCCCCACUUCAUCCGGGGAUGGUGUAGACCUGCUCUCCGUAGCAGAAAUGGUGGCCCUGGUCGAACAGCGAGCCGCCCUGGCCCUGCAGGGUUACCCCCGCCCCAGUACCCCUGCUCCUGUGGUCUUUGUGUCAGCUGAGCAGGGGGGACCAGCCAAGGGGCUGGGGUCAGAAAGGCGGUCUGGUGGUGGGGACUGCAGCCGAGUUGCUGAGGCGGUGGCCCACUUUGAGGCCCAGCGGGACAGCCCUCCAACCAAGGGUCUUCGCAAGGAGGAGCGGCCCGGCCCUGGGCCCGGCGAGGUGCGCAUAGCUUUCCGCAUCUCCAACGUCCGAGAGCCCCAUUCACCCGAUGGCACCUUACCCAACGCGGGUGGAGGGCGGCCCGGUUGUGCCUACCCCGGUAGUCCUGGGCCUGGGACUCGAGCCAAAGACAAAAUCACCUGCGACUUGUACCAGCUUAUUAGCCCCUCCAGGGACGCCCUCCCCAGCAACGUGGAGUUCCUGCUGGCCAGGGCUGAUGAAGCCAGUGAGGGGGAGACACCGGCCCCGGCCAGGCCUGAGGACACCCCGCCAACACCGCCUCCAGCCCCGGCCCGGGACUGUGGCGCAUCAGGAUUCCAUGUAGAUGUGGUGGUGACAGGGGUGGUGGAUGCGUGCAUCUUCUUUGGCAAAGAUGGCACCAAGAACGUGAAGGAAGAGACUGUGUGCCUGACGAUGAGCCCUGAGGAGCCGCCUCCACCUGGCCAGCUCUUCUUCCUGCAGUCCCAUGGUCCCGAAGGCCCUCCUGAGCCGCCCCCAGCUGACACACCAAGCGCAGUGCCAGGCCCCGAUGAUUCCGAGGGCACAACGGACACCUCCCUGUGCCGCCUGUACCGGCACGUGUCACAUGACUUCCUGGAGAUUCGCUUCAAGAUCCAGCGUCUUCUGGAGCCGCGGCAGUACAUGCUGCUGCUGCCUGAGCACGUGCUGGUCAAGAUAUUCAGCUUCCUGCCCACGCGGGCCCUGGCCGCCCUCAAGUGCACCUGCCACCACUUCAAGGGCGUCAUCGAGGCUUUUGGCGUACGUGCCACGGACUCUCGCUGGAGCCGGGACCCGCUCUACCGAGAUGACCCUUGUAAGCAGUGCCGCAAGCGAUACGAGAAGGGUGAUGUGUCCCUCUGCCGCUGGCACCCCAAACCCUACCACCACGACCUGCCUUACGGACGUUCGUACUGGAUGUGCUGCCGCAGAGCCGAUCGCGAGACUCCGGGCUGUCGCCUGGGCUUGCAUGACAACAACUGGGUACUGCCGUGCAGUGGGGUGGGUGGAGGCCGUGCUGGCCGGGAAGAGGGGAGGUGAGGCCCGGGCACGGGGCACCUGCGGUACCUAGCCCCUCCCCACUGUGCCGGGAGCUGGGAGCCAGGACUGAGUCACCAGCUAACACCUACCUGUCCGUGCGGCCGACAUCCCACUAGAACUGGGUCGGGUUUGGGGUCAACAGGGUAAAUACCUUGCUUGACCUCUGUUGGUUUCUAUUCUUCAGAGCCAGGGCCACGGACCCUCAGAGAGGGCUGUGGGGUUUUGUUUUGUUUUUUUGUUUUUGUUUUUUUAAAUCAACAUCUCAAUUUCCCCUCCAUCCAUCGCGACUGCACCCCACCCCAGGGACCCACCUGCAGGGGGCAGAUGGCAGCUAACUCUGGUACCACCUGAGGCUUUCCUCACACUGGCCCUCCGACCUGUGCCUCCCCAGUUGUCUUUGGAGCUGUUUACCAACGCGGCACGCUCUGAGGGCAGCGCUUUCAGGCCCUUAGCUCGCAACUCAAGUCGGCACGUCUUUGAGGCAGCCCGCCAUUUCUAGAUGUUUUCCUCAUUAAAUAAAAAAAAAAAAAAAUGUUUUCUUCUGAACCUCAAACUACCAGUCUCCUUCUCCCCUAUAGGAAAAGGAGGGCUGCCGUCCCCUCGAGCAUAAGAGGGCCCCUGAGCUCUUGUCCCUGACUCUCCUCAGUAAAGCUGUGAAGCCCCUCGCCUCACUGCUGGGUGGCAGGCGGGCCGGAGGGGAAGGCCAGGGGCUGGGUCUCCCCGUGACUCUUGCAUUUGGGGUUCUCUGAGGCAUUAGGGUCUCUGUACCCAUCUCCAGCUACAAGUUUCUUUUGAAUCCCUUGGUUAACCUGGGACGUUGAUUUUGAGGCAGUUUGGUCCAAAAUAAUUUGUUUAGGGUUUUUCCAUGUUUUGGGGUUUCCUUUUGUUUUUUUUCCUUCAUUGUGGUUCCGAAAGCUUCUAGUGUGUGGCAUCUGACCAAUUUUGAAUUGGUCCUUUCUAUAAAAUCAAUAUUUAUAAA